AUGGCUUCCAUCCCUAGAAGCGUACCUGGGAACAAUCCCGGUGUUCCUCUAAACCCACCUUCACGCUAUCCUACGCCACGCAAAGAGCCAAUUCAAGGAAGCUACGCGUACAUUCAGUACCGUCCCGCCUGGACAGACCCAGAUUGGCAAGACGAGGGUCUUGGACGAGAGAAAACUGACAAGGAUGGAAAGUUUUUCGAAAUCCAUGACCCUAUCUUUGAUCGACUGCGACCUGCCCUGCUGCCUCGAGAUGCUUUCAACAACCCUACCCUCUACGCCCAGCGUUUCAGUAUCUUUCCUGGUCGGACAGAUGGUCGUUCUAGAACAUCACCUACGCGAGCUGAUAGUCGAAAGCUCUUCCCCGCCGACACGGAUAUAAAGACAGGAAAACAAUUGUUCGAUCGCUUUGAUAAAUUGGCCAGAGACGCUGGGCAACAUGUAGACGACUACAUGUAUGAUACGAGACCGGAUCUGAAGAAUCUGAGUGCAACGGAGCAGCAGUAUAUGCAGCAGUACGAAAAUCUUAUCAUAGACGAAAACUGGCAGAACAUUCUUUUUGGAAGCUUGACCAUGGACGAGGUAAGUACUGCAGACAAAUAUGCUAUCAUUGAACAUUUCCAACAAAAACAGAUUCUAGCUGAAGGGUAUCUCACCAUGUGCGACACGGAGUUGAACGAGCUAUCAGGACCUCUACAUGAGCUAUUUGCCCGAGAUUUUUGGAUAGAUUGUCGUACACUUGGAGAUUCGGCAAAAAAUCCUCGCUACAUGUAUACACUCGACGGUCAACGUGAGGAGUGGGAUCCCCGGAACAACGACCGUGUGUGGAAUGCCUUACAACCAGCUCUUCAGCUCGCUACGCGCUUACUCCUAAACAGCGAAGGAUUCGUUGAGGGUUUGCAAGAUAUCACGAAUCGAUUUUGGAUUGAAGAUCAUCUAUUUGCUGACCUGCCAGAUCAAAAUAGAGUAGCCAAACUGAAAUUCAUGCGCAACCGUCACGCCCAGGAUGUGAUGAAAGUCCAUUACGCACAGGACGUUAAAGACAGUGGCGUUGAUGUUCUGGAACUAUCUUUGGAAGUCCUACGCCGAACCUUGGAGAUCAAAUUGUCGAGUGGAUUCGAUAUGUGUUCAAAGCCAGGAAGAGUUUUGAACAUGGGAAUGCAAAACGCAGACUUAUUCCCCAAUGAUCAUAGCAAGAUCACCAUCAACAUUGACUCUGAGCUGGUUUGGCCAUUGCUAGUGGACAAGUACACCAAGAGUGAAAAGAUGAUGGCCAACGUCAUACUUGCAACCACCAUAGCCCAUGAGAUGAUGCAUGCAUUUUGUUCUUCACCCUUCAUAUGGCUAGAUAACCCUGGUUCCUUUGGUAUCACUAACGCUGCACUAAUCAUGAACUGUCAAUCACUAAGUUCGGAGCUUAAAGACUACAAACACAAUGAUCGAUUUCAGGAGCCCUACUUUGAGGAUAACAUUUUUACCGAGGUCGGGCAUGCUUUUGAAGAAAAUAUUCUAUCAUGUGGAUAUUGGCCUUUCGUCUUUGGUACUACACAAGAUUACAGUUCGCCACUCCUCCAGGCAUCAGGUGGUCUCAUGUCCGCAAUAUUACACAGUGAAGGGUAUGUCAAUGCGGUGCCGUGCCUCAAGGAGCCACUCAGUCAAUUAGUCAAACUCAACCAUCUUGUACGGUUCGAGGAUGUCAAGAAGUUCUUUUCUCAGAGUUUCUGGGACGUUGCGAUCAAUAAAUAUGGUCCGGCUGCCCUGAGAGAACCGUCGAAGAAGCCUCACAAGUUCAAUUUCUAUCCUGCGGACAAAGAUUAUGCAGGGUUGGUCAUCACCCAACUUCGUUUAAUCAACGACAAAGAUAAGGAAUGGCUCAAGAAGUUCAGACGCGACUUGCUUGACAGAAACUACUAUGUUCUGUGGAAUUAUCUUCACAACAUUAUGUUCGAAACGGCUCAGUAUGACUCAAUGUCGACUCGACUCGAAUAUGCGAUAAAUAGGUGGGAUAAUGUGGCUCCUUGGAUCAACACGGGCAGGGAGGUUCACAUGAUCACCUGUGAGUACUUGGCAUACUUUUUUCAAGUACAUCUGCCCCAACAUAACUCCAGUCGCCUCGAGUUACUCUAUAUGGCCUGGGACUCGAAGAGAGACGCACUAGGAUCCGUACCUGACUGGGAAUCUAACCAUCUCUACCAAAAUUCGGCACCCUUUCAAGAUAGCGAAGAACGUUGGCGUCGCUUGCUGCAGUCAGGACACAUUGAGGACUUCGAAAUGCGUCUAGUUCCAAAGCUCAUUGAAUUCACGAAAGCCAUUGAAAGAGAACUCGGACAACACGAAAGCCUGCUCUGCGAGUUGUACCAAGGUGGAAGCUAUCUCUGGAAUUUAUGGGCCGCAAAUAACCCAUUCGAAUUUCAUAGUUGGCGACUGCACGUCGAAGAACUGCAAGACCUCUUAGGCGACAUUGUUGUGUCUAUGCAACUAGGACACGAGGGUAUGAAGGCCCUCGAUGGGGGGGACUGGGGCCAACGAAUAUCGAUCCUUGCCCGAAGAAUAGAAGACUUGGUCACGCUACAGUCCUUCGACACUACUAAUUACGACUGGCGUGACCUUAUGUGGACAAUGCCUAUGAUACGAAAGUCACGUCGUCUGCCACAUCAAAGAUAUUAUUUCCUCGCCAAGAAGGAAAUGAUGAAAAUGACAGGAAAGGAUCUGGCUGACCUCGCGGAAUUCAAAAGACGUUUCGGGUUGACUCUUUCACUUGGGACACACAAAGUUCCCCUUCCAGGAACGAACCCGGACGAGUUGAGCAUUGCUCAGCGGCUGUCUGGGAAUCUGGAUGACGAUCGCGGGCAAACCACUCGGGAUCAACAGAUCAAGGGACCGUCUACAGGCGUAUUCGAUACCAAUGCAGUAAAGAACCUGGUUAGUCGAAUCAACCAGGAGAAGAAAGAAGCUCAAGAGGCCAGCAUCAAUCGUAUCACUGAACAGCAGCAAAGGGAUACUGGUUUUGGGGCUCUGCAAGAAGAUGCUGCGGCUCAGGCUUAUCGCCCACCUAGCAUCGAACCCAAGUUUCAGCAUAUGGGGAUGCAUACCCAACCAAAUCCUUUGUCUGAAUUCAAGACUUUCAAUGGUAGCAACGGUCCAUUUUCAGCUUACAAAACUGGCACGUUCCCUAUACAGCAGCCCAACCAACCUCCUGCUUGGGAGGCGAACUCUGCAAUCGAUCUGGCAGCCUGGGCGAACCAACCGUUAAAUGGUGCCUCCCCAACCGCGCAUGGAAUCAUGCCCCAUCCCUAUGCCAUCCGCGCGACAGUCACGGCGGAUCUUCAAAACACGGCUGGGUUCUCCCUUCCCAGGAGGGACCCCUCAACAUUUGCCAGCCACUUUCCUCGAGAAAGCAUGCUACCAAGUGAAACUCCCCUUGGAGCUGGUGUUCUUGGAGACAUGGAUGAGCGAUUGAAUGAGGAGUCUGACUCUGAUGUCGAAAUGGGAGAUGCUGAAAUGGGUGGUCAUGCGGGCCGAGCCGCUGCAGUGCCAGAGUCUGACUACAGUAGUAGCGAUGCUGAGACCUCGGAAGAUGAGGAGUCAUUCACGAGAGAAGGUAGCGAUACCACUCUGAGUUGGUCCUCAGACAACGAGAGUGACAAGGCGAGCACUGGAAGUGACGAGUUCCUCACAUCCAAGAAGAGAGAGACACGCCCAGGCUUGAAGCGUAAGUCGAGCUGGUCAGCUGUUGACAUCAAGGCGAGGAGAGUUGGGGUUUCGGUGACCAAGAGACGGAGUCCAAAGGUUGAACAAAAGAAAGCAACUGAUUACAUGAAGCGGAAGGGAGGAUCGUUGGGUUGGAGGAAGAUUUUGUCAGGACUAUCUGGUGCCUGA